CGGGUAAUAAAACAAAUCCACCACCAGAUAGCGGAAAUACUAGCGGAACUUCCGCAAUUCCACGUGGGCCCGUGGAGUCUAGCGGGUAAAUCAUUUGGAUGUAGGCGCUCUUCGUCACGAAACCCCAAACAAACGAUCCCCCAACCAACCCAAUUCGUCGAUUUCCAUCUAGCGCUCAAUGCCGCCAGUAACAGCUUUUAAGCGGCUGGUCGCAGACGGUCCUGACGGCCAUACCUCAUGCUCAGUAAACUCAACCAGUCUGCGUCCAGCCCCCGCCGAGGGCUUUUAGCGUGUUCCCGUGGACCUCGAGACGAGAGGAGAGUUUCGCCGUAUCCCCUUCGUAAUCGCGUGUCGCAGGAACGACUGAGGUUUCCCAGAAGCGUGCCCAAUGUCCCUUACGAUGACCUUCUUCAGCUUCCUCCGAAUUGGGACGCCUGCCUUCCUCAAGGUUCUGGCCUCACCCGCACAGAAUUAGCGUAUAUCCUGUCCAGGUUCUUUCAGAUAAAAUGCAGCUGGCAUAAGGCCAUCUGCCCCCGGUUGUUUCUUCGGGACCUGCGAAGUGCUUUGGGCAGCUCGGAACGCAAUAUUUUGCCUCAGAAGGAUCACGCUUCGGCGAUGCUGUAUAACGUCAUUAUUGCAUACUCCCUGGGAUAUUCCCCAGAGAGGGACCAUCGUUCACUGGAGUACAGAAAGCUCUUUGCCUUGGAGGCAAAGAAGCAUUUUGAUGCCGAGUGCAAUGCUCCUACCCUCGCAACAGUGCAGGCACUGGCGAUGCUUUCCGCAUUUCAUAGCGGAGUGGCCGAGCAAGGGCUCAGUUUUACAUAUCUUGGAACGGCUAUUCGUGUGUCGCAGACUCUUUGCUUGGAUGGAGGAAAUUUUGGUCGACGCUCAGCUAAUCGUGAGGAGAUCCGCUUCUCAUUUGUCUUCUGGAAUCUGUACUGUUUGGACAAAGCGUGCAGUCUCUAUGUGGGCCGCCGUCAAUGCCUUAAACACUCUUCAUUUGAGGCGGCCAAUUGCAAAGCUAGCGCUUUCCCAGAGGCGGGACUAGAUCCUAGGCUUUUCAACCUGUCUGGUUCCGUCUUGCCUGAGGACGAAGCAUUCGUCGCGCACGUUGGCCUUAUGCAAAUUGCAUCCUUGAUCAUGGAAGUGCUUUACCUUGAUGACGGACUCUGCAGAACUGACAUCGACGUCGCUCGGGUUGAGCAAAUGAGCAAUGUGAUUGAUAUGUGGACCACCUAUCUUCCUCAAAGCCUCCGCGGAGAUAUCCAUGAUCAGGAGAACCCUCCAAGUGUUCAAGUGAUUAUGAUCAAGGCGAUCUUCGAGUGGAUAAGCAUUCUGCUCUAUCAGCCGUUCUUCCAGGACAGUAAAGCGAUUACAUUCACUUCGCCAUCUUCAAGUUCGCUUGGAGUCAGCGGGGAAGCCUAUAACCGGAUAUCUAGGCUCUGUUGCAAGGCAAAGCUGUCUGCUCCUCCGGCAGCGUUCAAGAUCACCGCCUUAUUCGAGGUGUUUGACCACCAUUAUGGACUCAACUUGGCAGACAACACGGUCGUGCAAAUUGUCUAUGCUGCCGGCAAGAUACAUUUGUUGAAUGCCACGCACACUCCUGGUUAUCGUUAUGGGGAUGAGAGUCCGGGUCAGGGUGUGAUCAGGUGCAUAGAAAUAUUACGAAAGGUAGGAGAUACGUGGUCAUCAGGCGCUGCUUCGGCGAAAAGACUCGAAGAAUUAUACCGGCCCAUUCGUGGGUGCCAAGAGUCUGCCGUGGAAGCCGUCAAUCCACCCUCGCCACCUCCGCCUUACUCAUAAGUGUGCCUUAUCACUUUGCUUGUCAUGUUUGUGUCGCUUACCGCGCUCCUGUUCAUAGAGUUGGCGAUGGACCUGUGCGUUGUCCGGUCGUGGCGGGGCGUUUCGGAGCCUGGAAACUUCCUUAUGCUGGUGUUCCUCACGCAAAGGUUCACUACGAG